UCACAGCCGUGAUCAGUUCGACUCAUCGUUUAUCUCAGUACUACUAUAAGAAGUUCAAUAUGAUUGAGAAAGUUGUUCCUGCGUUUGCGGAGCUCAGCGAUUUCGCGAGUGCCGGUGCCGGCGGCAAAGUCGCCUUUGCAACCGACGACUUCUUUGCGACAUGCGAAAACAUGAUAUCGGACAGUGACCCCGUGUUCGUGGCCGAUAAGUACACGGAGUUCGGCAAGUGGAUGGACGGCUGGGAAACGAGGCGGAAGAGAAUCGCCGGCCACGACUGGUGCAUACUCAAGUUGGCUACUAAAUGCGUUAUCAAAGGCCUGCUAGUGGAUACGGCAUUUUUCACAGGGAACUAUGCUCCCAAAUAUUCGAUCCAGGCCGCUUGUUUGACUCCUGAAGAAGAAGCAUUACUGCCAGGGAGGGAGUCCCGAAUGGGGUCAGCGUGCAGUGAAUGUGACUUGGAACGAGUGGGGCGGCUUAACUCUGACAGAUGGGAGGAGGUCGUGCCCGUUACGACGCUGCAGCCCGGCUAUGAGGAAACACGAAUGAACUAUCAGAAGGUACUAAGUGAUGAAGCGUUUACCCACUUAAGGGUGAACAUCUACCCUGACGGAGGCAUUGCUAGGCUGAGGGUGUACGGUGAAGCCAAACCCGAACCUCCAACGUGUGAUCAGCUGGUUGAUCUUGUGUCUUUGCUGAGCGGCGCUACGUGUAUUGAAUACUCGAACGCUCACUACGGCCACCCAAGAAACAUAAUAAAGCCGGCGAAGUCGGAGGGAAUGUAUGACGGAUGGGAGACAGCGAGAAGAUUGGACCGUCCGCGUGUGUUGGAAUUUACCGAAGAUGGAACCCUCAAAGUUACCGGCGACGAAUGGGCAGUGUUUGAAUUAGGUUUCUGUGGGAGAGCUACGAGGAUAGUAGUCGACACGACACAUUUCAAAGGAAACUAUCCAGAUUCCAUCAAAAUUGAAGGGUGCUUCAGCGAUAAGAAUCGAUUCGACACCAAAAAAGCCGUCUGGUACAACAUCCUGAAAACAUCCAAGCUCGGACCAAACAAAGAACACAUCUUCGAAUGCAACUCUGACGUGGUGUCCCACCUGCGUGUGACCAUCGCUCCCGACGGCGGCAUCAGCAGGCUGAGGGUCUUCGGCCAUGCGGAGCAGAUGAUCAUGUAAUCACGUGAUCAUGGUUGCAUGGUCGUCAUGGCAGGGUAAACAGAACUAACGAGUAGGUCGACUCAGAAGUAAAGAGAUCUCGAUACGUUUGACGUAAUAUGUCAUAUCGGCGCAAUACCAGCAUUGUGAAACAUGUUGAAAGUGACACUCGCGUAUAUUUGUCCGUUUGAUUGUCGUUAGUUCUGUCUAAUCUGGUCAUGGUCCGCGAUGAAAAUGGCUACAGUAUAACAACGUCGUAUUUUUAAUUUCGUCCUUUUAGUUUUUAAUUGUUUGGUAUAUUUAUGGUGGAUUUGAGAUGAUAUUUAAGGAGAACUCCUCAGGUGUAGGUAAGGUAAAGAAAACUAAGGAAUUAAUUGAUUCUGUCAAAGGAAAUAAGUAA